CCACCAAGGACGGUGAUUGACCUGUCUCUGCCUCCAAGGGAGCGAUACAAAUCUCUCGCGCGUAGUCAAGCGGACAAAUUACGCUCUUUAGCAAGUCUCCUCGAUGAAUUGCUACUCGAUUACGGUGUCCCCUGGAGGUUGAUCAAACCUCUCCAUAUGUUAUCACAAGUUUUCUUACGCCAGGUUCGCAGCUCAGAAGAAACGGAAGAGUUGAAGGGCAUUGCCGAAGUGACAGGUCUUCCGAUGUACUUGUUAGUCGCUUUCAAUGUCCUCCUAGAUCUUCUUAUGGGCUGCACUUCUGGUGGCGUCCUCAGCCAAGAGGAUAGUCAACCUCGAUCGUCUGCGAAGAUGCUCCACUUUCGAACCCUGGACUGGACCAUGGAUCCCCUGAGAGAAGUCGUCGUCCAGCUCGACUUUAUCCGGAGCAAGUCGUCGCAACCGGACACCGUUCUUGCAUCGUCUAUAACAUACAUUGGUUUUGUUGGCGUCCUCACGGGCGUGAGACCAGGACUGAGUCUGUCGCUCAAUUUUCGAGCGGUCCACGAUGCUACAAGUACAAAAGAUCAAGUACGCUUCUAUCUUCAUCACCUGAUGGUAUUGCUUGGUCGUCGUCCUUCGAUAGCAAGCAUUUUGCGACAUCAUUUACUUGCAGAUUAUCGGUCCAUGGGAGUAGGACAGUCGGCCUUGGAGCUGGUUAUCGAUAAUAUCGCGAAACGACACACAACAGCUGCUUAUCUCAUAUUCAGCGAUGGCCAUUCUACAAUAACCAUGGAAAAGGACUAUAGCACAGCUUUGACCGACCGAUCUGACACCUUCAUCGUUCGGACGAACCACGAUUUAAACGAUCAUGGAGUGGAACCCAAGCCGAUUCCAGUGGUCACUGAAGAUGUGGAUAUUGUAAGAAGAGCGGUUCAUACUCUUGACGAAAUCUUAGAUGAGAGUCGUGAGAGGCUCGGAUGCAUUACGAAGCAAUAUGAGACGAAGAUGAAGAUGAACAGGGCAUCACAACGUCGGUCUGCUAGGGCCCUACGCCAGAAUUCAGCGCAGGUGGACAAGGAAGCCAAUCUCCUUCCGACACGCACAGAGAUCAUCCAGUGGUUGUGCACCUGGACAACCACGAACGAGAGUACACAUUAUUCUGUAGUCAUGGAUCCCAAAGCUGGAAAAGUGGUCUGGUGUAGAGUGUACCCUCGGCCG